UUUUACAUUCAAGUUCCAGUAAGUGAGUUUUAAAGAUACAGCGCAUGAAAACUAGUCAGAGUGAGAUCACAAAAAGGUGGUUUUGUGGCAGGAAGAGACAUGGAGGAGGAUGCAGAAGUGGUACAAACUUUUAAAGAUAGUCUUGAGUUAUUUAAAAAGAACUGCAUGUGGUAGAGGGGGCUGGGCGAUAAGGUGACGUGCUACAGCUUGUCGACCACAGCUGCCUCGAGGAAACAAAACUCAAGCCCGUGUCACGCCUCCAUCGCUGCACUGACGGGGCCCAGACGUCAUCCUCACUUCUCUUUCUUCUUCCUCGAGCCGCUUUCUCUUCCCCUCUGAUCUCGUCCAUCUUUUUCGCUCUGUUUCUGUCAACGACACGAAACGAUGGCGGAGCUGGAGGGUCUGGAGUUCGGGAAGUCUGACUUUGUGCUGCUGGAUGAGGUGACGAUGGAACAGUUUAUGGAAAACCUGAAGCUGAGGUUCCAGAAGGGCCGCAUCUACACUUACAUCGGAGAGGUGGUGGUCUCCGUGAACCCUUACAGACAGAUGGACAUUUUUGGAAAGGAAACCAUUGAAGCCUACCGGGGCCGGGAACUGUAUGAAAACCCUCCUCACCUGUAUGCCGUGUCAGACGCUGCCUACAAGGCCAUGAAGAGGCGAGCUAAGGACACCUGCAUCGUCAUCUCAGGUGAAAGUGGAGCUGGAAAGACAGAGGCCAGUAAAUACAUUAUGCAGUACAUUGCUGCCAUCACAAACCCGGGUCAAAGGGUCGAGGUGGAGAGUGUGAAGAACGUGCUGCUCAAGUCUAACUGUGUACUAGAGGCCUUUGGGAACGCCAAGACAAACCGCAACGACAACUCCAGCCGCUUCGGCAAGUAUAUGGACAUCAACUUCAACUUUAACGGCGACCCCACAGGAGGACACAUCAACAACUACCUGCUGGAGAAGUCAAGGGUGGUCCAUCAGCAAGAGGGGGAGAGGAACUUCCACUCCUUCUACCAGCUUCUGCGUGGUGGUUCUGAGGAGAUGCUGCAGUUGUUGCACCUCCAGGGCGACCCUGCGUUAUAUGUUUUCACCAGAGAGGGCGCUGCAGCUGCCACAUCCAACAACGACCGCUCGAACCACAAAGCAGUGAUGAGCGCGCUGGAUGUGAUCGGCUUCUCAAACCAGGAAAUUACUUCCAUUUAUCAGAUCCUGGCCUCCAUUCUGCUCUUGGGUAAUGUUCAGUUUGAGGAAGACGGAGAGAGCGUCCAGGUCGUUGAAGAUGGGGUGGUGAAUCAGAUCGCGGAGCUGACUGCCACAGACCCGGACUGCGUUGUUAAGAGCUUGCUGUACCGCACCGUGGCCACAGGGGGCGGCGAAGUCAUUGAAAAGGGCCACACGGAGCAGGAUGCCUGCUUUGGGCGGGAAGCAUUCGCUAAGGCCCUUUAUGAGAGGCUCUUUGGCUGGAUCGUGAGCCGCAUCAACAGCGUCAUCGAGGUCAAAAACUACAACCCAGUGCUGCAUGGGAAAAACACAGUCAUUGGCGUGCUGGAUAUCUAUGGCUUUGAGAUCUUUGACAACAACAGUUUUGAACAGUUCUGCAUCAACUACUGCAACGAGAAGCUGCAGCAGCUCUUCAUCGAGCUCAUCCUCCAACAGGAGCAAAGCGAAUACCAGAGAGAGGGCAUCACCUGGCAGCACAUCGAUUACUUUAACAACCAGAUCAUCGUUGACCUGGUGGAGCAGCCGCACAAAGGCAUCAUCUCCAUCCUGGACGAGGCGUGUCUCACUGUUGGGAAGGUCACGGACACCGUCUGCCUGGAGAGCAUGAACACCAAACUGGCCCAGCAUCCUCACUACACCUCCCGCAAGCUCAGUCCCACUGAUAAAACCAUGGACUUUCAGAAGCACUUCCGCAUCCGCCACUAUGCCGGAGACGUCACAUACUCCGUAGAGGGUUUUUUGGACAAAAACAAAGACCUGCUUUUCCAGGAUUUCAAGCGGCUCAUGUACAACAGUGCCAAUCCAGUCCUGAAGGAGAUGUGGCCAGAUGGUCAGCUGGGCAUCACGGAGGUCACCAAGAGACCCUUGACAGCAGCCAGCCUUUUCAAAAACUCCAUUGUGGCUUUGGUUGAUAAACUGGCCUGCAAGGAACCGUACUACGUCAGAUGCAUUAAACCCAAUGAGGUGAAGUCGCCGGUGCUGUUUGACGACGCCCGCUGCCAGCAUCAGGUGGCUUACCUCGGACUGCUGGAGAAUGUAAUGGUGCGCAGAGCGGGCUUUGCAUACAGACAGCUAUACUCUCGCUUCUUGCAGCGGUAUAAAAUGACAUGUGAGUACACCUGGCCAAACCACCUGAUGGCAUCAGACAGAGAUGCGGUGGAGGCCAUCAUUAGGCAGCAUGGUUUCCAGGAUGACGUUGCGUUUGGACACACAAAGCUGUUUGUGCGAACACCGCGCUCCCUCUUCACCCUGGAGCAGGAGAGGGCUGCCCUCAUCCCCAUCCUGGUGCUCUUCCUGCAGAAGAUCUGGCGCGGUGCUCUGGCUCGUCUGAGGUGCAAGAGAAUGAGAGCCAUCUAUACCAUCAUGGGAUGCUACAAACGCUACAAGGUGAAGGCGCACUUCUGGGAGGUGGAGGGACGGUUCGCCAACGUGAGGACGACGGCCGACUACGGGAAGAGCGUGGAGUGGCCAGCACCGCCGGCUGCUCUGACCCAGUUUCACCAAAUCACGUUGAUGCUGCAUCGCAGGUGGUGGGCGAGACAGGUUGUGAAGAACAUCCCACCUUCAGACAUGCUGGAGGUUCGGGCCAAAGUGGCAGCUCUAACGGCUCUGCAGGGGGAGAGGAAGCACUGGGGGGUCGGCAGAGCCUGGGAGAGAGACUACCUGGCAAAUGCACGAGACUGUCCUCAGACCAGCUCUGACUUCAUCCGAGUGUCCAAGGAGCUGAAGAACAAAGACGGGUUCACUCAGGUCGUCUUCUCCGGCCUCUGUAGGAAGGUGAACAGGUUCAACAAAAGCACAGACAGAGCUCUCCUCAUCACAGACAAGUUUGUCUACAAGUUGGAGCCCAAAAAGCAGUAUAAGAUCCUGAAGAAGCUUCCUCUGGAUGUGUUCACAGGCCUCAGCACCACCAGUGGCGUUGACCAGAUGCUGGUGCUCCACACAUCCAACAAGGAUGACAUCCUGCUGUGUCUGCAAAGAGGAGAACUCUGCCCCAAUCAGGACCGAGUGGGUGAAGUGGUUGGAGCGCUGGUGGACUACUUCACACGGGUCAGGAAGACGCCCCUGCCCGUGAAGGUUUGGAGCUCUGCUCUGCAGUUCCACAUGAGAGGAAAACCCAAAAGCGUCAGUGUGGAGACCAGACCCGGCCAGACCAUCGCAGACUUCAAGAAGAAUCGAGAUGGCUUUGUGCUGCUGCUUCCCGCUAACUAACCCUCAUGGCAUCGUCCUCAUCCUCAGGAGAUGAGAUAGCAUAGACGUAUGGGGGGCAGAGUCAUUUUUAGACCUGGAUGCUCCUGGGGAGACUCUGGGUUCAGCUGCAAAACUUACUAUUCAUAACCUGCUGGCUUUUUUAUGAAGAUACUUUUAAAGUGGUGACUGAAGCAAAUCAAAAGCACUUUUUUCUGUCAUGUCCAAAUGUUUCAGAUGUGUUUUCUGUGGAAGGAGGAAGAAAAUGUGGAAAGAUAAUAAAUUAUUGAAAGUUGUGGGACAGACGCUGUUCCACAAAUGACUGAGAAGA